CCAUCACUACAAUCCGAUGUGAGUUUCUCCGCGGUGUGUGUGUGUGUGUGUGUGUGUGUGUGUUCUUCAAACGGGAAAACCUCACACAGAGGGGUUUGUACACCAACAUGUAGCUUUAGAACAACACCACGGCAAUGACUAGUCCUCCGUUCUCACCGUCUGCUUCAGCGUAAAUACACGCCGCUUUUCGACCGGAUCCGAUGGAGGGAGCAGUGAGGCAGGCCGAGGCCGGGGGAAGCUCAUCCUCAGCCGGGGCCGCUGUGGCGGAGGAGACGGAGACCGUCAUUGGAGUCGGAUACGGGAUAGAAGACACUGCUGCUAAGAAGGCCUACAUAACCGAGAUGCCGUCCUCAUCCUGCCACCCAGGCUCCGGCCCUGAGAAGAAGAUUGGCCACAGGAGGGUGGAUGCCUCAGGGGAGACCACGUACAAAAAGACGACCUCCUCGGCCCUGAGAGGCGCGAUCCAGCUCGGCAUCGGCUACACGGUGGGCAACCUGAGCUCCAAACCCGAGAGAGAUGUGCUCAUGCAGGACUUCUACGUGGUGGAGAGCAUCUUCUUUCCAAGCGAGGGCAGUAAUCUGACUCCAGCGCACCACUUCCCAGACUUCAGGUUUAAAACCUACGCCCCCGUGGCCUUCCGUUACUUCCGAGAACUCUUCGGGAUUCGACCCGAUGACUACCUGUACUCUUUGUGUAAUGAGCCCCUGAUCGAGCUCUCAAACCCCGGAGCUAGCGGAUCCAUCUUCUACGUUACACGUGAUGACGAGUUCAUCAUCAAAACUGUGCAGCAUAAAGAGGCGGAGUUUCUGCAGAAACUGCUUCCUGGGUAUUAUAUGAAUCUGAACCAGAACCCUCGGACGCUGCUCCCCAAAUUCUUUGGCCUGUACUGCAUACAAUCUGGAGGGAAGAACAUCCGGAUUGUGGUAAUGAACAACGUCCUGCCACGCGUCUUCCGCAUGCACCUGAAGUUUGAUUUGAAGGGCUCCACAUACAAGCGCAGAGCGUCCAAGAAGGAGCGAGAGAAAGCUAAGCCUACCUUUAAAGACCUGGACUUUAUGCAAGACGUGCCUGAUGGAUUACUGCUAGACACGGACACUUACAACGCCCUGGUCAAGACCCUGCAGAGGGAUUGCCUGGUGUUAGAAAGCUUUAAGAUCAUGGACUACAGCCUGCUCCUGGGCGUCCACAAUGUGGACCAGGCUGAGCGUGAGCAGCAGACAGAGGGUUCUCAGAGCAGCAGUGAUGAGAAGAAGCCUGCAGCUCAGCGAGCACUUUACUCCACAGCAAUGGAGUCCAUUCAGGGAGGAGCUACCUGUGGAGACUCCAUUGACACAGAGGACACAAUGGGGGGAAUCCCAGCAGUGAGUGGGAAAGGCGAGAGGCUGCUGCUCUUUAUUGGCAUUAUAGACAUUCUGCAGUCUUACAGACUCAUUAAGAAGCUGGAGCACACAUGGAAAGCACUGGUCCAUGAUGGAGACACAGUAUCAGUGCACAGGCCAAACUUCUAUGCUGACCGGUUCUACAAGUUCAUGAGUUCUACAGUAUUCAAGAAGAGCUCCUCGCUGAAGUCCUCUCCAUCGAAGAAGAGCCGCAGUGCACUGACGGUGCCCAAACAUAGCGGGCCUGGGGCAGCCUGGUCAGCCAGUCAACUCCCCUCAGAGCGAGACCACCACAUCUACGACCUGAGAGGAGCGCGCAGCUUUCCUGUGCUUGAGAACGACGGUCUGCAGCCGUGUACUCCUCCAUCAUUUGAGGAGGCCACCACAGCCUCGGUUGCCACCACUCUGUCAUCCAACACGUCCAUAUCGAUCCCAGAGCGAUCCCCCUCUGACACAGCAGAGCACCCCCGCUACAGGAGGCAAACCAUGACUCUAAAAGACAACGAUGGAAGGAUGGUUGAUGUCCAUGAGGAGGACCAGCAGACUAUCACGGUGCAGGUGGAGGUUAAGCGAGAGACGGAAGACGAGGAGGAGAAAGAAGACACUGUGAUAGAGGAGAAAGCAGAGUUUGAGGUUGAGAAGGAGUCUGUGAUCUCCUGUACACCACUUCCUACAGAGAGCAGUGUGCCCGGGGAAGCCGAUAUCCUCUCCCUGCCAGAAAUCAGAGAGACUGAGAUUCUGGACGACAUCAUCCCAGAGACAGUCGACCAUCCACAGACAGCAGAUCUCCUUCCACCUGCGUCACCACUGGCAACUGUCUCUCUUGAGGAUGUCACCCUGGAAACAGGCACCCAGGCAGAAGCAUCGGUGGCCCUGGAGUCAGGUUCUCCGGAUACGCGGGCUCUGAGCUCCACGCUCGGCAGACAGCAAUCCGAGUCCCUCAGCCAGACAUCUGUGGACGAGGAGGUUGUGCCAAUCACCGAUAUCUAUUUUCAGCCUCCAGAGGACAGGAGCUGGGUUUAUUCCCCCCUCCAACACCGCUCCGAGUCUCAGCCCGUAUCUGAUGGAGAGAACGAGGCAUAAACUGUACGCAGUGUGAUAGGUGUUGGUUAAACUCGGAGCUGCUCUGUCCUUUCGUCGUUCACGCCCAUGAGCCCUGCAGAAGGGACCCUGCUUUGCCAAGCAUCAUGGGAAGAAAUAGUAUGGAACUUUUCAGAACUAAAAGAAGAAGAGAAUAUCAUCAGCCAGUUGAUGCUCGGUCCUUUCCCAUGUCUCCUUCUUGUCCUGAAUCAGAUCACGCAAACGUGAGAACUCUCACAUGAAGGAUUUCCUGAUUCCUGUGACGUGAAUAUAUUACUCUCUGCUCUGAGCAUCAUUCGCCAUUAUCCAAAUCUGAUCGUUUCCUCUGUCACAGUAAGCACUCUUCCAUCACGUCUCGGUCAUUUUAGUCUUUACACAAUCUUUCUAUGUGCUGGAUUUGUUUUCAUUAUUUAAUUACGUCAGUAAGUCUGUAAUUUACUGGUGAAAACUGAAACAGUUUACUUCUCCAUGACGCUGUGAUGUAGGAGUUCCCCGGUUUGGGGACGGACGCUGCUCUUUCACGUCUUCUACAACAUAUCAGUGGCCGUGGCUCAGACGUCGUAACUGAGACACAGCCACGGCUGUAAGGACCUUUCAGGGUUCGAGAUUUCAUUUAGAGCAUAUCAAAAGAGUGCUGGUGCAAAGUACUGUGUCCCAAAAAACAUCAGUAUUCCCAACAUCCACCACUACUGUAGUUCAUUUCACUAAUGUAGAAGUGAACUUGAAAAAGUGUCACGUUUUUAUGUUUUUUUUUUUUUCUUUUAUAUAAAUUAGGAUCUGUAGGUGUCAUUUUGCUUCCUAGCUAUUUUUAAUUUUAAUUUUACAAUAGAUUUGGGUUAGAUUUGGUCGUGUAUAUUGAGUUGUACUGUUUUUUUAUGGAAACAACACUUCAAUAUAGUUUACUGAAUCAUUCCUAAUUUCUGAAAUUCUAUUUAAAUAGAUAAUCUCAGAUAUUCAUGGUCUUACUGCCAUGUGACUGUGUGUUUGUGUGUGUGUGUGUGUGUGUGUGUGUGUGUGUGUGUGUGUGUGUGUGUGUGUAUGUAUGUAUGUAUGUAUGUAUGUAUGAAUGUAUAUAUGUGUGUGUGUGUGUGUGUGUAUGUGCCCACAAGUGCGUGGUGGAGUCUUAAUACUCAAUACUGUGGUCAAAAAAUAUUAAAAUGUAUUAAAAUUCCAUUCUACAGCUAUAUAACUCUAUAUAAAACUGUUUAUAUUGUUCUUACUUUCUUCAAGCCAUGUCCCAUUUUGAAAGCUUUAUUUCAUGCAUAAAAUAUGUACAAUUUCUUAUUUAUUACCGUUUUUAACAUUAUUUGAUAAAAAAUCCACAUCAGCUUUAUAUGUUUUUAUUUUUAUUUUUUUCUAAAUGAUGAAAUGUAACUCAAUUCCAUCUCGAUAUUGAAUUUGGUGUAGCAGUAUAAUCCACAGCAUCACAAUACAGUAUGUGUGAUUGCCUUAUUUGGAUAAAUUAUUUUGAUAGCUAACAAGAAUGGAUAAAUUUCCCAACGUGUUCGUAAUCAAUCAGCGUGCUAUUUUUCCAAAUAUAACGACACAGCUUGUGUUGUAGCUAUAAUGUACAUAUGUUACGAUCAGUAUAGUGUAGUAUGUUUUAAUUGAUAGGGCUUUUAUUUUUGAUUGCAUGUAGUAAAGGAAAAAAAACUAGGAUGGAAUAUGUUAAUAACACGAGGAAAAUUUCUUCUCCUGUAUUCCAAACCAAGUUUGUCGGAGGCUUUAACUGUUGAGAUGUCUGGUGUAAAACUCUACUGUUUGUAUGUGGUGUGAAAAAAAAAAAAAAAAUCCUCAGUAGUCAGUGUGUGUAUGAGUGUGCGAGUGUGUGGAUGUGUAUUUUAUUUGUUGAGGAAGGUGUGCUUUAUUGGAAUUUAUGUCCAAUGAUCUUUUCCUCAACGGCGUUGCAUGUAUUCAGCACUGAGAAGCUCUGCUGAGAUAUUUAUCUGUGUCCGUCUCUAAAGGCGUUUAACUGACGCCCUGUGUGUUUGUACAGAUCAGUGGAUGAUUAAUGGUGUAAAAAAAUAAAAUUAUACUUAAAAAUAAUUGGUUUAUUUGUUAACUUGUGGUGCAAGGAGUAGCGAUGCCUUCUCAUACUUCCCUGGUAUGAUCCUGAGUUCAGGAUACUGCCUGUGUGGACUUUUUUACAUCUUCUCCUUCUCCUUCAUCUUCUUCUUACAUCUCAUCUGAAUGGGUUUCCUCCGGGUUCCCCAGUUUCCUCUCACCUCUAAACAACAUGACGGAAGGUGGAUUGGCUGUGCGGAAUUGCUCAUAAGUGUGAAUGAGUGUGUGAAUGUGUGUGUGCUUGGUACCCUUUGAUAAACUGCCAUCUCAUUCAGGGUGUAUUCCAGCCCAGUGUUUCUCGGGAUAGGAUCGACCCGACCCUGACCAGAAUCAAGUGUUUAAUGAACUGUACGUGCUUUACCCACUUUUAGUGUUCUGCUAAUGUUUUCACAUUUUUAAGACACACGUCCUGUGGUUAAAGAGAUUCUCCUGAGCCUGAUUAUUAGCCAGAGGGCCUUUAUAACUUAAUCAGAGUCUAGAACUGUGCUGCUGUGGCUAAGUACCAUUCUGAGGUUCACUCACUCACUCACUCACUCACUCACUCAUUCACAGCAAUCUGUCAUGUAUCAGCUUGUAAUUUCUUCUUAAUUUCUUUGUAAACCGUACUUAGUUUCUUUGUAAACAGUUCUCAGUUUCUUGGUGAACAGUAAUAAGUGAAAUGUCGGAUAGUCUUUUCACUAAAGAGCUUAAAAGAUUUUUCACAGGAAUAUCAGAGGGAGAGCUCGAGCUCAAGCUUGAGGAACUUUCUGGACAAGAAAGUGGUAAGGACUACAAGGACUUAAGGACUUAAAUUGACUGAUUUUAAGUUAGUCCUAAUUCACCUUGAUUUUAUUCCUAAAUAUGUUUGGACACCUCGCAUAGAAGUGUUUGCUUCAUUUUUCUACUAUUUUAAAAUAAUAAGGAAGCCAUUAACACUAUGCAAUGACACAUAUGUAAUAAUGCAGUGACCAAGAAAAUUAUUAAACAAAUCAAAACCAUAUUAUAUUGAAAUGCUACAUUUAGAAAUGUUCAGCACAUUCAUGCAUGAGCUGAAUAGAGAGAUUGAUCGCUCAGCAGUCUUUGGAGUUGCUGACCUGCAGGGAAUCCGCUCCAAUAACCUGAAGGUACAGUUACUGGAAAUUCACUCACUGAUUCUGCAUCUGAAAUCACUUGUUUUGCCUGGUAACAGAAUUCUCUGUGUUCUACCUGAGCUUGACCUUUUCUAGACAGGUUUUAUUCUCAUCAUCACCAUCUGGAUUGAAACUUGUGCUGUCAUGGUGAACUUUAGCAAUCUCUCUCUCUCUCUCUCUCUCUCUCUCUCUCUCUCAAAUUCAUGAUGUAGCCUUGGAUGGAGAAUGUGGUAACGGAGUCGUACAAUGUCCUGCACCUUUCGGAGCAUCUGAGACCCACAGAUCUGGCUGUGCCCUCUCUACACACACUCCUCAGAUUAAGCUCCAAUCAAAACCCAGUAAGAAAUCUUGUGCCAACAUGACUGUGGGAGUUUGGGGUAUAAGUAUAGUCUGGGUUUGCACCAGGCAAGCUCCCAGGAUUCAGCCCCAAUGUACAACAGGCACAGAGACACAUGUAAAGUUAAGAGUGUCUGUUUAUCGAGAAUCAGAAUCAUUCGCUCUGUCAUCAGGAGACUGCAAGUUUGAAUUCAUUUUAAAAUGCCCUCCAUAUCCAGAGACCCUAACCCCGGCCUCCGUUAUACUGCUUUUAAAGAAGACAAAGAUCCAACACUUUGUAGUUUUUCCGACUCCUAUCAUUACAAAAUGUAGAUGCAAAGAUAUUGGCCAAAGUACUAGCCUGCCGAAUUCAUCGAAUAUUUCCGAAAAUAAUAACUCCUGAGCAAACAUGGUUUAUUAAAGGAAGGCAGAUGUUUUUUUUUUUUUUUUUUUUCAAAAGCUUGGCUGGGAUAAUUCUAUCCCAGUAUUAGUGACACUUGUGACAGAUGUCACUACUCUGCUUGUAAUGUUUUUCCUCUGUCCAAUGCUACAUAGAUUCUGGUGUAACUACUUUAUGACUAUGUCUGCAGUUCUUAAAAUUAAAAUUGAUGUCUGCCCCAGUAUAGCAAUUCUUGGGGUGCCAUUGGAUUUAUCGCGGUACAACCCAAAGCAAUUAGAUCCUCUGACCUUUACAUCUUUAAUAGCAAGUCAGUGGCUUAAAGACACCAUGUCAUUUUUAAAACAGGAAAAAAUAAGAUACUUGAUUAGAAGAAACUGAAAAAUUCACGAGUAGAUGACUAUCAUUUCUCUUGUACUUUAACUCUCUGCAGUGUAUAUGCCUUUUUUCUUUCAUUCUCUUUGUCUAUCUAUACUAACUGGAGUGGGAAGGGUUUGGGAUUUUUUUUUUUUCUUGGUUUGCUGGUUGUAUUAGGAAUAGUGUAGCACCAUGUUAUUCUCUUUCUAUGUUUAUUAGAUUUGUUAAUUUGUCUACUGGUGGAAGAGGUAAAUUGCUUUAAUUGUAUUAAAUAUAAAUGCUUUUCCUAAAAAAAAAACAUGAAAUGUAAUCCACUGUUCGACACAGUCCUGGUCUUGUUGGCUCAAGAUUACUACUUCUUCUACUCUAGGAUGCAUAACUCCCAGAUUUCAUCUCAUCAUACUCUCCAGCUCUCUGAGAUGGACUCAGUGAGGAUGCAGCUGGCAGAUCUUUAGCAGCACCUCGUCAGGGCCGGGAGGAGAAGCUGGAGGUGUGCAUGGAGCUCCAAAAGAAAAUGUGCAUCUUUGAGAAAAUGGUCCAGUCCCUCCAGCUGGAGUUCAGUUCCUCCCAGCGCUCCAUCCAAUCACUAAGUUAUCAUCUCCACCGGUCUGAAAACAGUGUACAGUCACAGACAGUGGAGCUGAAAGCGAAGGAAGAGAGAAUCCACCUGCUGAAUUAAAGACUGCUCAACACACAAGAGAGCGCAAAGUUCAAACAGAAAGACUUCUAAGUCUGUGUCUAAGGAUCUCUCACACCCUUCAGCAGCAGCAGCUGAGUGCCACAGAGGAGCAGAAUCGUGCACUCCAGGAAGUGCUGAUGGCAUGUGAGGCACAAGUUCAGAAGGCUGAAAGAGAGAAACAACCAGAGGUUGAGAGCAAGGAAGAGUGCGAGAAGAAGACAAGGAAUAUGAACAAUUUGGCUUGAACAACCGGCUAGAGAUCACCAUAGAUGACCUGCAGGGGGAGCUGAAAAUGUCACUGCAGAGAGAGGAGAGUCUGAAGAGGAAUAUACAACAAGUAGAAGUGUAGAAGAACAAGUAGAAGUAGAACAACUGCAGCACAGUUUAGAUGAAGCCAAGGAGGAGGCCAGAGAAAUGGAGAUGACAGUAAGUUGACAACUGAGUCUUUACUGAAAAGAUUAUUGUGAUUGUAGUAUAAAAAUUCAGGUUAAAGGUAAUUAUGGAACAGAUAACUAAGGGUCCAUUAUCUGUGUUGUAUGAAUUAAUGAUUGAAUAAAUGUGUUUUUCAGUCGUAGGUUUAAAAGGAAUGUAGGUGAACGAGCAGAUCGCCAUGAUCAGAGGGCUAAAGAAGUCACUGAAGAAGGAACUAGAGCUUGAGCAAAUACGUUCAUUCAAAUUUGUUCACUGAUUCAUUCAGUCACAUUUCCUGUUAACUCAAAGUGAUGUGCAGAUUUGAGCUUAUGAUUAACGUUUUUGGUGUGCAUACUGAUUUGCUCACAGAAGAAACAGCUUGCAUGAUGAACAGUAAUUGUUGAACAGUAACAAUUGUUGCUAUUUUGUGUUAUUUUAUGUUUGUCCAUAUUCAAAAGGGUACAACAUUAUACAACCUUUUUAUCUUUAAUUCAAGGUUGUUUAAAAAAAAAACUUGACAAGCCAUCUUGCCAGAAAAAUGGACUCCUCAGUAUAGAUUUGUUCAUCUUAGUGAUGUGUUUAAAAAGACAGAAUCAUCUGUAAAUGAAACAUAUGUAUUGUCUGCCCUUUUCAGUACAGCAAACACACUAUAACAUGCUCUCAUGAGCAGGCUAUGUCUGCUGCUAAGUAACACAAAUCUACUUGAGAGUGUUGUGAUUUCAUUAUUUUGCCCAUGUGGUUGAGAUCAGAUCAACCUGCAUGUGGGAUUCCUGAAGAAAGUAAUAAUAUAGGAAGGUUUGUAGUAAAAAAUAA